AUGCCUUCCUUGGACGACCUUCUCAAAAUCGCAAACCCAGUUCGCGCGUAUGCCUUGAAAACCUUCAGCGUUACUGCGCACCCAGACGAGGUGCUUCAAAUCCCCUCGCGAGACGAAGGACGGUUCAUUAGAAUUCAUGCGUACAACACGCUCAAUAGGGAUACCCCGGCACCAGUCCUCGUCAAUUUCCAUGGUAGCGGAUUCGUGAAUCCUCUACAUGGGAGCGACGACGAGUUCUGUAAAUUCAUUGUCGAGAAAACUGGAUUCGUGGUUCUGGACUGCGCGUAUCGACUCGCACCGGAGAAUAAAUUCCCUGCUGCAGUCCACGACGCCGAAGAUGCGGUUCGGUGGGUUCUUUCGCGUCCGGAGAAGUUCGAUGCUUCCCGGCUAUCUAUUUCUGGUUUCAGUGCAGGAGGAAUCUUGUCUCUAGUUCUCAGCUCGGUGGUUUUCCCUCAAGGAACAUUCAAAAAUGUCCUCGCCACCUAUCCUCCAACAGACAUGGUCCAAAGUUCCGCAGACAAGAUUGCUCCCGAUGAAUCAAGAGAUGGUGUUUCCGUCGAGCUGCUGGAUGCAUUCGUGCGAUGCUAUUAUACGAACCCCGAAGACGUGAAGAGUGUCCUUGCUUCACCAGCCCUUAUACCUGUUGAAAAGUUUUCGGAUAGAAUUUUUCUCGUUACUGCGGCUUGCGAUCGCCUUUGUCUCGAAGGAGAGGCGCUUGGAAAUAAGAUCAAAGAUGCGACGACCAAACAUGUUAAGAUGCUCCGGUAUGACGGUUGUGAACAUGCAUUUGACAAAGCGUAUGAGAAAGGAUCUGUCCAGGAAAGAGCGAAAAAUGACCUCUACGAAAGGGCAGCCUUGUUCCUGACAGAUUGA